CCUGGGGGCCGAUUGCAGCUGGUGCCACUGCUGGGGGGGGGGGAGAAGAGAGAGGAAAGGGGGGACCCCACCCCUUUCUGCCCCCCCAUUCCCAGCAGCCUUUGCAGCUGGCCGCAAGCAGAGGAGACAGGAGCAGAAUUUGCAGGCAAAAGGAGAAACCCAGGGGCGCUCUCCAUGCCGGCGCGCCUGGCGCUGGUGGACUGGCUGGACGAAGGCUUCUCCAGCAUCAUCGAGCUGGCGGCGGUGAGCGAGCCGCGCCGGGACCCCGCCCGCUACCGGCCGGGCCAGGAGGUGGAGGCCCGGUGCCCCCUCUUCAAGGGGCUGAACCGCGCCCGCAUCCUGGCCCUCAGCGGGGACAGGCAGGAGUUGAAGUGGAUCCAGGUCCGGGCCGGGGGGUGUCCCAGGAGCAGCUGGGGGGCCAGGACACUGCGGGGGCCCCCCCACCGCCAGGUGGCGACAUGGAGACGGGACAGAGUGCCCUCUGAGAGAAGGAAACACAACACAGGAGGUGACGCCAAUGACGUCACCACCUCGGUGCCCGACCCUGAGGGGACCCAGGUGUCCGAGGACGAGGGUCGGGUGACCCCCCAGAGCACCUCAUCCUCGGAAAACUGGCGUUCCUCCUCCCCCGACUGCCCCCACGUGGACAGCUCUGGCUGCGGGGUUCCCUGCUCCCCUGGCCCUGUGGACCCAGGUGUCCGGGCAGGGCCGACCGAGCUCUGCACCAGGCCUGAGUGCGAGAGGAUGCGGCAGGAACUGGAGGUGCUGAGGGACCGAUACGCCAAGAUGGAGGCUCAGAAUGCUGUGCUGGCCCAGAGACUUGGGGGUGUUGUGGAGCCGUCCGGGGAGGUGGACGGCAGCUCCGUGCGACCGGAGCCCGGGCUCUAUGAGGACCCUGCGCUACCUCGGAAACAUGGGAUGCAGGAGCUGGUGCCGGGAGGGGGCGUGUUCCUCUACCCCACCCAGCUGGCCCUGGCCCACUCCAGCGCCCGCAGCCAGACGGCCCUGGCCCGGCUCCUGCUCGACGUCUUCUUCUCCCGCCAGGAGCAGGCACGGAGCAACCUGUCCGGGGAGAACGGGCUGCACCGCCUCAGCCCCCCCGUCGUCAGUGCCAUCGUGGCCUAUGCUGUGGGUCAGUCCCAGUUCCAGCCCAGCAGUGCCGCCGUCAUCAAGAACUCACUGCGCAACAAGCUGGGCUGCCUGAGAGCCCCGUCCCGCCAGCAGGGGGCCAGCAGGGGGCGCCCCGCGGCCUGACACGCUGCAUCCUCCCAGCAGGGGGCGCCCCGCGGCCUGACACGCGGCAUCCUCCCAGCAGGGGGCGCCCCGCGGCCUGACACGCGGCAUCCUCCCAGCAGGGGGCGCCCCGCGGCCUGACACCCGGCAUCCUCCCAGCAGGGGGCGCCCCGCGGCCUGACACCCGGCAUCCUCCCAGCAGGGGGCGCCCCGCGGCCUGACACCCGGCAUCCUCCCAGCAGGGGGCGCCCCGCGGCCUGACACCCGGCAUCCUCCCAGCAGGGGGCGCCCCGCGGCCUGACACGCGGCAUCCUCCCAG